GAGAGGAAAGCCACCGUGGUUGUGUCCGUGUGCAGCACCCACAAUGAUUUCCCCAGUGCUCAUCUUGUUCUCGAGUUUUCUCUGCCAUGUUGCUAUCGCAGGACGAACCUGUCCCAAGCCGGAUGAAUUACCAUUUGCCACUGUCGUUCCAUUAAAACAGUCCUAUCUGCCGGGGGAGGAGAUCGUGUACUCCUGCCAGCGGGGCUAUCAGUCCCGCGGAGUGAUGCGGCGGUUCACCUGCCCGCUCACAGGGCUGUGGCCCGUCAACACUCUGAGAUGCUUACCCAGAGUAUGUCCUUUUGCUGGAAUCUUAGAAAACGGAGCUGUACGCUAUACAACUUUUGAAUAUCCCAACACGAUCAGUUUUACUUGCAACACCGGGUUUUAUCUGAAAGGAGCUAAUUCCGCUAAAUGCACUGAGGAAGGAAAAUGGAGUCCGGACCUUCCUGUCUGCGCUCCUAUAACCUGCCCUCCACCAUCCAUACCUAAGUUUGCAAAACUUAGUGCUUAUAAGCCAUUGGCUGGAAACAACUCACUCUAUGGAGGCAAGGCAGUCUUUGAAUGCUUGCCACACCAUGCAAUGUUUGGAAAUGACACAGUUACCUGCACACAACAUGGAAAUUGGACUGAACUACCAGAAUGUAGGGAAGUAAAAUGCCCAUUCCCAUCAAGACCAGACAAUGGAUUUGUGAACUAUCCUGCACAGCAAGUACUUUAUUACAAGGAUAAAGCCACAUAUGGUUGCCAUGAUACAUACACCCUGGAUGGACCAGAAGAAGUAGAAUGUAACAAAUUCGGAAACUGGUCAGCACAUCCAAGUUGUAAAGCAUCUUGUAAAUUAUCUGUUAAAAGAGCUACUGUGAUAUUUGAAGGAGAGAGAGUAACUCUCCAACAAAAAUUUAAGGAUGGAAUGCUGCAUGGCCAAAAAAUUUCUUUCUUCUGCAAAAAUAAGGAAAAGAAAUGUAGCUAUACAGAGGAUGCAGAGUGCAUAGACGGCACCAUUGAGAUCCCCAAAUGCUUCAAGGAGCACAGUUCUUUGGCUUUCUGGAAAACGGAUGCAUCAGAUGUAAAGCCAUGCUAAGCUGGUUUUCAGAUUCAAAAUUAAAUAUCAUACUUGUGUGUGUUUGUCCAAGGCACCUAAUGGAACGGGAAAAAUAAAGUGACUGAAUUUAUUGUGUC